CUAAUUAAUAUAUCAAAAUUAAUUUUUUGCAAAAUGAUUACUACAAAUUUUGUUAAUAGAAAUAAGGAUAUGAUGAAAACAGGAUAUGAUGAUAGAAAUGAUAAUAGAUUGAUCACAGAAAUUCAGUGAAUAGAAUCAGCUAAUAAAUCAAUGACUAUAAAUGUAAACGAUGUUAAAUAGUUACGAAAUAACCGAUUACUUAAUUUCUAUUACAAAAUUAUAUCCGCCUGUUUCAAAAGAAUACAAAUUUAACAUAAAAACAGUUUAUGCUAUAAGCAAUAUUCAGAUCGAAUCAGAUCAAAUCUGCCGGCAUGUUGGAAUAUUGUUAAUACUUGGUGAAGUUUUACUUGAAACUCUCAUGCUCUUUAAUUUAAAUAUAAUAAAAUUAUACUGAUGUAAUUUUAUUUUGCAUAAAAAUUUUGUAAAACACAUUUGAAAAGUAAAAAUUAUUGCUUGAUAUUGUGACGAAAAAUAAACAAGCGGAAUGUUCUUGAAGACAAUACACAGAUACCAUGUCUAAGAAGAGAGGAGUUUCUCUUGAUGAGAAACGUACGAGAAUGAUGCAAAUAUUUUACGAGAAGAAAGAAUUUUUCACAUUGAAGGAACUUGAAAAUAUCGGGCCAAGGGAAAAAGGUAUCACAGUGCAAACUGUCAAGGAUGUGUUACAAGCUUUAGUGGACGACGGUUUAGUGCGAUCUGAAAAAAUUGGUACUUCUACAUACUUCUGGAAAUUUCCUGGAGAAAAUAUUACAGCAACGGAGCGCAGAAUAGCUGAUACAAGUAAAAAGCUAGUAGAGGCAGAAUUCAAACUUGAGAAGUUGAAAGAAGAGGUACAAAAAGAAAAGAAAUUGAAGAAUGAUACAGAAGAGAAGAGGAAGUUCUUAAAGGAGAUAGAGCAACUGAAGAAAGAAGAACAGGAGAUUAAGAACCACAUUGCUAAAUUCUGCAACGCUGAUCCAGAAAUGAUUGCAGAAAUGAAUAAGAAGGCACAGAAAUACAAAAAUGGGGCCAAUACAUGGACAGACAAUAUUUUCGCUAUACAAAGUUGGUGUAAGAAUAAAUUCGGCGUCUCGGAGCAAGAUCUUAAUAAACAGUUUAAUAUUCCCGAGGAUUUGGACUAUAAAGAAUAAAUUUAAAG